AUGGCUGAAAAACCAGCUGAUGUAAAGGAUACUCCUGAUGUGUGGUUGAAAGUUGAAUGUGGACAAUUAGAAAUGGAUGGUAACAUAGACAUCGAUGUAUUGUUACCUAAUGGAUUUGUUAUUACUGUACAGUGCUCCAUAGAUUACUCAUUAGCAAUGUUGAAAGAGGAAGUGUUUUCAAAGGCCAAAAAAUUACCAUUUUUCAAUCUUUUGCUCACACCAUCGGACUACAUAUUUUCCACUGUUGGACCCAAUGGUGAAAUUGAAGAGUUGUACGAUGAAGCACGAUCCAUAUUUUCCUUGAGACUUUUCGUACCUAUGCUAAGAUUGAUUGAGCCUAUAGGGAAUCGAAAAGAAAAGGAAUUGGCACAUGAUAUAGGUCUUGUUAUCGGAUAUCCAUUGACGGAAAUUGAAGCAAAGUUAUCGCCCGAAGAAAUGUCGUAUCGAAUGGAUUUAUAUAGAGUGUCAGAAAACGCAUUUUCUAUGCGUGGAGUUUCAGGCUACUCUCAUUAUGCUUUUCCAGAAGGAGUUUCAAGUGAACUUGAUGCUGAUAUACCUACCCAUGUUAAGUCGAAAAUACAGAUGGCAGAUUUGCACAUUGAGUUGUGGUAUCGCAGUAGGGAAGAUGAAUUGGCAAGCGUCGAUACAAAUUGCGUUUGUGUCAAAAUUCGUAAGGUUAUCGAUAUUCAUGCUUCACAUGCAAUAGCAAAUGCCAUAAAAGAGCUUAUGCAACAACACAAAUUGCUGAUUAAAGAAUGCCCACACGAUUUUCUACUGCAGGUUGCUGGAAGGCGUUGUUUCUUAACCAAAGAUAUAAGAUUGACUAGUUUUGAGUAUGUUAGAUCAUCAUUCGAAAAUUACCGCAUACCGAAAUUCAUAUUACGCAGGAAAGAUAUUGUAAUGAAGGACUUCACAGAACCUCCUCUUUUAAAUGAACCAAGUUGGGUCCGAGUAUAUGAAAGUCGAUCCAAUCGAGGUGAUAAAAAUGCCUUUAAAAAAAUUUCGUUGUGGAAGCUGAAUAAUAACUUGAAACUACGAAUACAAAGUGCAUCUCAUUUGAGUGUGUCCGAUUUUGACAAGAUAUAUGUCAAAGCAGCUUUGUACCAUGGAAUGGCUCUUAUUUCAAAUAAAGAAUCUGCCCAUGUCUCACCUUCAAAUCCACGUUGGAGCGAUGGUUGGAUUGAUUUCGAUGUUUACUUGAAGGAUAUUGCUUCUGCUGUUCAGUUGUGUCUCUCUUUAGUUGCUGUAAGACACCGAAAAAAAGAGGAAUACUUGGGAAUCGGAUGGGUGAAUAUGCGUCUUUUUAAUUGGAAUGGAGAACUUAUACAAGGCAAAUAUAUGCUUUAUCUGAGGCCAUUUCCCAAAUAUUGCGCUGAAUUACUUUAUCCAUCGGGCCAAGUAGGUUCGAAUGAGAAUCGUGACUCUGUUCGUAUUGAAGUGGAAUUUGAAAAGCAUGGGGGUAUUGUCAAGUUUCCUGAGGCAGAUUUAAUUUAUGAAUAUGUGGAGAAAAUGGAUGCUCGAAGAUUGAAAUUAUCUAUGUCAUCUUUGUUUCUUUCAUCGGAAAGUUCUGUGCAACAAUUUCUUGACUCUUUGCGUUUGGCCGAUGCUGAGCAGUUAACUGACAAGCAAAUUGAACGUUUGUGGGAAGUGAGAGAAUUGGUGGCAAAGUAUAGACCUGAUUUGCUGCCAUUAAUUGCUCAUUGUCCUUUAAUUUGGACAAGCAGAGAUGAGUUCUCACGUUUGCAUGAAUUGCUUCGCCGCUGGGGAAAAAUCCAGCCAGAAACAGCUUUAAUACUUUUGGAUUUUCGAUGUCCUGACACGAGAAUAAGGGAAUUUGCAGUAGAAUCGCUUGAUACUUCCUUGGAUAAUGACAGAUUGCAGCUUUAUGUCUUGAAAUUCGAACCUUAUGGGUCCUGUGCUUUAAGCAGAAUGCUUUUGAAAAGAGCGCUUUGUAACAAUCGUAUUGGUCAUAUAUUGUUUUGGUUGUUACGAGCUGAACUUGGGCAACUCAGCGAACUAGGUCAAGAGUUAACGAAGAAUUAUAAACGUUUUGCUUUGAUGAUUGAAGCUUAUUGUCGGGGAAAUUAUAUUCAUCUCAAUUCAAUGCUGCGACAAGUAGAUAUGGUGGCACGAUUAACGAAUCUAAGUAAAUACAUAAAGACGAUUAAGGAUAAUGAAUGUGCCACGAAGUUACGAUACCCCGUAAUCAGUAGUCUGCAUUCUAAGGCAUUGCCUUUUUAUUUAUGUCGCAAAAACGGUGGCAAUUGUUAUUUUCAGUAUUUGCAAGAGGAGUUGGCUUCACAUGUUGGAAUAAUGGAAAAUAUGAUCUCGCCACUUAAUAUUUCCGAUAAUUUGGGCUCAUUGAAUAUUGAAAUGUGUAAAGUUAUGGGAAGUGCAAAACAACCAUUGCGUUUGACUUGGAAUAACCCAGAGCCUCUUGCACGUUUGUACAGUGAAACACAUCAGAUUAUAUUUAAAAGUGGCGAUGAUUUGCGACAGGACAUGUUGACUCUACAAGUCAUGCGUAUUAUGGAUGCACUCUGGAAAAGUAAUGAUUACGAUCUUUGCUUAAGUAUUUAUGAGGUACUACCGAUGGGAAGAAAUGUUGGAAUGAUACAUGUUAUUCAAAACUGCAGUACACUUUUCGAAAUUCAGUGUGCUGCGAAACAGUUUGGCUCAACAUUUAAUAUGGAAAGCAGCCUUAUCAAUAAGUACAUUCGAAGUUGUUCAGUGGAUUCUAAGGUUUAUUUGGAAGGUGUAGAUCGUUUCACUGCUUCAUGUGCAGGAUAUUGUGUUGCGACAUACGUCCUGGGAAUCAAAGAUAGACAUCAGGAUAAUAUUAUGUUGGCCAGAGAUGGAAGACUGUUUCAUAUCGAUUUCGGACACUUUUUGGGGCAUUAUAAAAAGAAAUUAGGUAUUAAUCGUGACCGAGUGCCAUUUGUUCUCACUGAUCACUUUCUCUGCGUUAUAGCCAAAGGCAAGAGCAACUUCCGUGAUAGUCAUGAAUACAAGAAGUUUAAGGAACUUUGUACAAAUGCAUACAUAAUACUUCAUUUGCGCUCGAAAUUGUUUAUUUCACUGUUCUCGAUGCUACUUUGUAUGGGACUUCCUGAAUUGCAAAAGGCGGAGGAUAUCAACUUCCUAAAAGGAACACUGUGUUUUGGUUUGGAUCGGAGUCGCGCAAUUGCUUCUUUCCAAAAAAUAUUUCAAGAAGCGUUCAGUAGAGCAUGGUCAACUAAAACUAACUGGUUUUUUCAUUCCAUGAAACAUUUAUAA